AGGAUUCGCCUAAGUUUGAUCCGUACGGGGUGUGUCGAUAGUUUUUCUGAUGGACUACGUAUAUUUAUUGAUAAAACGUUCGACACUCCCGCAUAGACAUAUAAUAUAAAUAUUGGCACGAGCAUGAAUUGCAAAGGAUUGAAUAUUGUUGGACAGCACCCCGUAAGCAAGGGAAAAGCCUACAGUGAGAUUGCAAAGCUGCUAGAAUCUGGUGCAAAAUAUGAUUGUGAUGAUUUCGUACAAUUUGAAGCGGACCAAUUUAUUUCCGACCAAUUCUGUAUGACUUGUCCGAAAAAGAAACGAGUCAAAGAGACAAUCAAAGGACUUGCCGAAUCAGUAGCUUUCCAAGAGCAGGUGGGAUUUGAAUUCUGCUUUCCUCCUCACUUGACAGGUCAUCAUUAUUACAAACAAAACUUUGGCACAAUGGAAGAUGCCAAUCAUAAAAUAUCGAACAUAUUACAGGACACAAUGGCAAAACAAUCAAGCAUUGGCAUAGCUAAUUUCUUAAAAGUCGAGCCAGAGGAAAUCGACUCUCUAUUGUACCAAGGUUAUGAAGCUUACCGCCUUGGGAAUUACGGAUUAGCAUCUACUAAGUAUAGAACAGCCUGGGAGAUUAUCAACCAUGCCAACGUAAAGGUGCGAACCAGAUGCAUCAAUGAGGACAUCAUUUGUUAUAUGUUGUGCGUGACUCUGCUGGAAACAGACCAACUCAACAACCUGUCAGAAGCUGUGGAAUUGCUAAUUUCUCUUGAGAAACGUAGCUCACAUGUGCUACCAGCUGUGUAUUUUGCUCUAAGUAAGGCUCACCAUAAAAAUUACAGGUUUGCCUUGGCGCUGAAAACAAUUGAAGAAGGGUUUGCUUUCCUCCGCAGUGGCGUUAAAUUGCCAUUACACACAAUACCAGGAUCAAAUAUUGUUCUCCAGGAAUCUACUAGAGACGGGCUAUCGGUUUCUCUGGCUGAAAUGAAAGAGGAAUGUUCAAAGUGGCAUCCUCCAGACGCAGUGUGCUGUCUGGGUGAAUGUGUUUCCAGUUCACCAUUCUACAGCCCUAAUCGAAAUAUAUAUUUCAGUGAUCCUGCAUUCAAUGGAAUGGUUGUUGUAACAUGCAGCAAUAACAGAAACCCUUGUACAAUCAAGUUUCAUCAAGCCUGUUGGAAGUUAAAAAAAGAUCAACUAUCUGCUGUAGAAAAAUUAUCUGACAAGGACAUCAUUGGCUACGAAUGUUUCACACCAAACUGCGAGUAUGGUCAAGGUGAGCACAGCUUGAUAACCAAGAUAGAGGUUUACGGAGAAAACGGUAAAUUGAAAACGUGUAUCGAGCCACCUGCAAAUCCUGUAGUCUGGGUGAAGCGACGCUAUCCGUCCAAAGGCGCUGUACCUAGACAGUUGGAUAAACCAAAGCGAUACACAGAGAAGAUACGGCGGCCUGGUACAAUCACGGUACCCCGACCCAUCUCUAAAGAAGCGACUGGUGAAGAUUGUGAUAAGAAAGCAUGGAGAUUGGUUCAAUUAUCAAAGUUGAGAAGGAAUAAUUUUGGAAUAGAAAGAGACUGUGAAUGGCGACCAGAUGCGGCAAUGUACGGAAAUCCUCAGAUGGCGGAAAUUGGCGAUUUUUUGGGAGGUCCAAUUUUUGAAAAUGACUGCUCGGAAAUAGCUACUGUUAAGACGUUCAUAUUCACAUAUUUUUACGAGUUCAUCAAAGAAAACGGUUGUGUUAAGAAGCGAGAGGUUUCACGGAAAUGGGAAGAGGAUAAAUUCGUAUUCGAUAAUUACAGCAACUUGUUGAAUAACGAUACAGAUAUUAACGACUUUCUACUACAAUCGUACAAGCUUGUCUCCCUGGGAGACUACAUUGGUAUUGCCGAAAAUUUACCGGAAUUAUUCGCAGUAGUUCAGAGUGAAGUUUGCGACUGCCUUAAAUUUCUGCUAGCCGACCAGCCCCGCUCCCGAACAGCAACAAUACAAGAUGACGUCUUUAAUUUGAUAAUCAGUGGUUACGAGGAGAAGCAGAACAGAGCCCAGACAAUUUCCCAAGGUUCUGAUACAAAUACAGAUACGGAUAAAACGGUGAUUGAGACAUCUGCUUCUGCGGUUAUCGCCGAUUCCCACAAGAUUCCCGAGACUACGUGCGAAGACCAUACCGUAUAUGAGACUUCUUUUGAUUUUCGAGAGGCAGAUAAAAGUAUAGAAGUUCAUAAUUGUCAACAAUCACGAGAUGAUGACACUCCUCGGAUGUUAACAUUUCCCGAAAUCUCAUCACCUACCAAUUCGACAUGUUCAAAUGAUGUUGCGAAUGUGGUCAUCAAUACCAAUACCAAUAGCAUUGAGAGCAAUCACAGGUCUAUAACUGAGAACUCUGCAGACCUGGGAUCAGUCCUUGGUAUGGAUCAUUGUCGUGAAAUGGUGCCAAACAUGAAUCUUGGUGAUAAGAUUGAAAACGAGCUGAAUAGCGUCCCAAAAGAUUGCGAGUCAGCAUUGAAUAAUUGUCCAGAUGACGCAGUCAGGCUAAUCAAUAACUCCGUUAAGGAUACAUCGCAUGACAUUUGUAAUCCCUCUGAAGAACCUCAAUCAAUUUAUUCUGUAAACAGAGAUUCCACAGUAGAUCCCGUCGUUUGCAAAAUAACCCUUGGACAGGACACGCUUGAGAGCUCCGCAUUUUCCGAUUUUGACACGAACUAUUCCCAUCGGGAAAUGGAAGUUCCAUUUGACGGUACAUCUUGCAAAUUGACACAUAUUCACAAUGGCUGCAGUUUUCAUUUGGAUAAGGCCAUACAUAAAGGCGCCUGUACGGAUGGAACCAAUACGAGAGUUGAGAAUCUGGAAAGAGAACUGACCGAAUACAAAAUGAUAUCUCAUGCGAGUAUGUCUGAGCUUAUAAAGGAUUCACACAGACUCGAGGCCCAAUGCUCAAAGCUUGAAUCAGAAAAGUCACAAAUUAUGGAGAAGGUCCGAGAAUGUCAGCUUGGUUUACAGCGUUGCAGCGAAGAUAAUGUAACUUUGAAGCUGAAGAAUACCGAGUUGAUGCACAAGUAUGACAAAUUAUUUGAAGAAAAAACCGAGAUCGAACACAACUUUAACGUGCUUCUCAGAGAAAAAUCUGCCAUUGAAAAUCGCUUGGAGGCGCUUGAAAGGGAGAAGAACAAGGCGGACAAGAAGUUCCUAAAGUACGAUUUACAUCAGACAGAUAAUACCAAGGCGGAUCUUAAUCCAAUGGACAACCGCCUCAAAAUACAAACUCAUUUGGAACAACAACAGAUUUUGGAAGCUCUGAAGCGAUCCAACCAACUAAAAUCAAGACUCAGUUCUUUGGACAACGAAUUCUUGAUGAACAAUUUUAUACUUGAGAAAGCGGUCGAGAAAUGUAACGAUCAUAUACACAUGCUGAAGGAGGUGGGUAAAUUUUUUGAAAUGCUAAUCAAACAGCAAUUCCCAAUGACAGAGGCUCAAGAGGCAUGGUACAAAAUGCAUAGCUAUCUUCAGCAUACAGCGUUGGCUCACAAGGAAAAAUACUUGGAGGUAAAAGAAUUACUGGAAUCAGACAAACCGAUCGAAAACUUGGAAGAUACCAAACUAUCUCUGAAUAUUGUAUUCCCACAACCGCUCAAUCUGGCAGAGGUAUACUACAAGAAUCAAGCUAAGUUCAGGCAUUAUCCAAUGUCCUUCGUGCAAAGUCAGUGGACCAUGCCAGGUGCCCGUUACGAGGACCCCGGUUACUUUCGCCCACCUCCAAGGGCACCUUACCAGGGUGCGUACACACAAGUAAGAGGAAACGGAGUGCAUGGGAAUAUGCUUUACAAACCCGUGGCGAUGGACAAUCAGGGUCCACAAAUACAAAGUAAUUUCUCAAGCCUGACAACUUAUGGCGCCACUGAAAAAAAGUUGCAUUUGGAACCACGCUUCUUCUCUACAAAUGAGAAUGACCAGUUAGGUCAGAGAAGUGUAAGCAAUGAAUUCCACAGUGCCGAAUUUCAAAGGCAACGAGAUAUUAAAGAAUGUCAAACAUCGUUACCUAUAGGCCGUACCGAACCAACUGCAUCUCUAAAGCCUUCAAACAAUGAAACUAAAUGUGAAGAUUUUACGUUCCACAGUGCUAGAAAACAAAAUUAUAUAGAUUCGAGCGAGGGUCGUUCUACGAAGGCGAACAGUAUGAAAUCACCAGGGAACCCGUUACAGACCUUGGGCAACAGACAAUCGAUCGCACCGAAAAAAAUUGGAAUGGAUCUGCUGGUCCACGAACUGGAAAGAAAAUUUGUAGGAGUCCCAGAAUUUGAUUUACUGGAAAGCUUACAAGAUUUGCGCAGAUCACACAGUGACACACUAUCCGGAAUGCGCAUAGAUGACAUUUUACGAGAAUCGGAACAAUUUGUUAUGCAACGCCAGGAGAAACAUGUGGUUCUAUAUUCGCAAUCCAAGCAAACCUUGUCGUCGGAACGACCUAUUCUAUCCUCAAAUAAAUCUAACCAGUGGAAGGUCCCGUCGUCGACACCCUUAGGAAAGCAAAAAAAAAUUGAAAGCAUUAAGCGGGGGCAAGCCAAUGAACUGGUUAAUUAUACGGCCAAGGUAAUAACAUCGACGGAAAAACCAAGCUGGAAAACCAUACCAUCGGAAUUUCCUGUUUGGAAAAAAGAUCAUGAAGAUUCCGAAUGUGUGAUAUGUUUUGAUCUCAUAAAUUCAAGUGACAAGGAAGCCCCUGUGUACAACUUGCCUUGUCAGCAUUCCUUCCAUAGUAACGUGAGUUUCGGUUUGUUCAUCACAAGGUUACAAAAGUGUAGCUUAUCCGCAUGUAGCUCUGUACGAUUUUUGUUACAGUGCAUACGGAAAUGGUUGUGCAUUAAGAGCGUAUGCCCUAUAUGUCAGAAACACUGCACUAUGGACGAAGAAUAUCCCCCACUGCCUUCAUAAAGUUUUAAAUCCACGAACAAUAUACAGGUAUAAUUGUUUGACAGGUAUUAAUCCAUAAGUUAUAAUAAAACAGGUAUAUCUCACAUACUAGCCAACAAUUGUAACAUUCCAAACAUGAAACGUGUUCCAUAAACAAAACUCAAACUGCUAACUUGUGUGACUCGUAUUACGUGAGGGAUGACCCAUCAAUUAUACCUCAUAUCAUUCUACUUUGACCUUGGAAUUCGAUAGUUCUUUGCCCAAUGUUGACAAUUCUCUAAUUCUUCAAGUUGCGGUAUACAAAUUAAUGGUGAGGUCCGCACCCGGAUAUUAAUGCGUGCAAA